UUAAAAAAAGAUUUAUAUCAAGUUUAGAUACACCUCAAGAUAUAGAAAAAGCUGAAAGAUGGAUAAAGAACUUUACAAGAGAAAAAAUACCAAGAGAAAUGUUGGAAAUUAGUUUUGCAAGAAGUAGUGGACCUGGUGGACAAAAUGUUAACAAACUUAAUACCAAGGUGGACAUUAGAAUUAAUCUGGAUAAAGCUUAUUGGAUACCAGAAUAUGCAAGAAAUAAAAUAAAAAUCCAGGAAUCAAAUCAUAUCAAUAAGAAAGGAGAACUUGUAUUAGUGUCUCAAUUAACACGUACACAAUCUAGAAAUAUAGAAGAUUGUAUUGAUAAGUUGUAUGAUCUUAUAACAAGAGCUGCUGAAAUACCAAAAGGACCAGAUGAAGAAAAACUAAAAAGAAUCGAACAAUUAAUUACAACAUUGAUAGAUUAUAUAGAUUAUAGAAUUGGUAGUCUUGAGUACAAUCCAUUUUCAGGUGAUCUUAAUUUAAAUCAGUAUUGGUUAAGUAUGUCACAACAAUUCCUAUUUUCAAGAGUUGCAUUGGAUUACAUUGGCUUCCUAUACCAAGUUGUAGUUGUAAUGUAUAGAAGUUUGCUUAAACUAAAUUAUGAUGAUGCUGAAACUCAGGAAAAAAAGGUUAUAGAAGCUAUGAUUUCCAAAUCUGAAAAUCUUCAUUAG